AGUGAAAAAUCAUUUGUCAUCCACAAUGUCGGAAAGGGAAGAUAAUGUGUACAAAGCAAAGCUAGCCGAGCAGGCUGAGCGUUAUGAUGAAAUGGUGGAGGCAAUGAAGAAUGUUGCAUCACGCAAUGUUUCUGACAAUGAACUAACAGUGGAGGAGAGGAAUCUCCUGUCCGUCGCUUACAAGAACGUCAUAGGUGCCCGCCGAGCCUCAUGGAGGAUCAUAUCUUCAAUUGAACAGAAAGAAGAAACAAAAGGCGCAGAAGACAAGUUGAACAUGAUCAGAGCAUACCGCAGCCAGGUGGAGAAGGAGCUCCGCGACAUAUGUUCAGACAUCCUCAGUGUUCUCGACAAACACCUCAUCCCCAGUUCACAGACCGGCGAGUCUAAAGUCUUCUACUACAAAAUGAAGGGAGAUUACCACCGGUACCUGGCGGAGUUCGCGACGGGCAACGAUCGCAAGGAGGCGGCGGAGAACUCGCUGGUCGCGUACAAGGCCGCCUCCGACAUCGCCAUGACCGAGCUGCCGCCCACCCAUCCCAUCCGCCUCGGACUCGCGCUCAACUUCUCCGUGUUCUACUACGAGAUCCUGAACAGUCCGGACCGCGCGUGCCGACUGGCGAAGGCGGCGUUCGACGACGCGAUCGCGGAGCUGGACACGCUGUCCGAGGAGAGCUACAAGGACUCGACGCUGAUCAUGCAGCUGCUGCGCGACAACCUCACGCUGUGGACCUCCGACAUGCAGGGCGACCAGGACCAGGCGCCCGACCAGGACAAGGAGCCCGCGCCCGAGCACGACGACCAGGACGUGUCGUAACCGCCCACCGCGCGCUGCCCCCGCCCCCGCCCCCGCCCCCACACCACUCCCCGCCCCCGCCCCCGCCCAUCCACCACCACCACCACCUCUACCACCACCACCCCCCGGCACCGCCGCCGGGGGGGACUUGUAAAUUUUCUAAGUGUUUUAUACCGCGUUCGAUGUGCUCUCCCCGCGGAGUGCGCCCGGCUCCGUCGAUAUAUAUUAUUAUUAUAAUUAUAUUUUAAUCGGCGACGUUGCGUCGAGACGCGGGCGGUAUGACGUAGUUACUCGCAAUAUUUAGAUAAGUGAUAGUGGCGCCCCCUCGGCCUGGUCGGCCGUCGUCACCCGCGCACUUGUCGCCGAGUGGCUACUGUGUAGUACUCGCGCCCGGGGCGGCCGCCCGGUUCGCUUCCUUCGUAUUACGACAUUUGGAGUAUUCACCCUGAACUGCUUUAAUUACUUACGAGUAUUGUGAUAGAGAUUUUGUAUAUUUUAAUUUAUUCUUUUUUAAUUUCGCAUGUUCUCUAUGAAAAAUUGCUGUAGCGCUACAUCUCUUACGAUUCGUACAGGACGAACGGUAGUUCUGAAGUUGUGCUAGGUUAAGAUUAUGCACUCGGUUAUAUAUUUAUUGGACGACGCAUGCAGUGCGCAGCUCGAGGGAUAUGCCUACUCGCAGACAUUCCAUCUUGACGAUACCUGUUACUCUCUGGCCAAUGUUCGAUCGACCUCCAAAUUGUAGUGUGGCAUAGCAGUGGAGCAAGUGCGUGCCCGAGUAAGAUAUUAGCGUUAUUUUUAUUUGAAUUUGUAAUAUUGCAUAUAUUUUGUUAAUUUAUCCACAAAAAUACUGAUGCAAUUAGCCUUAGUGUUAUGCAAUAUUGAUUUAUGUCCUACCAACUACAUGGAAAUUUAUUGUAAAUGACAGUGUAAAUCUAAUAAUAAAAUUCAAAAGUCC